AACUGUCUGUGUUAGCCAAGUGAAUAUAGCCCCUGCUCAUAGGUUUCAGUCCCUUUACACAACUUGAUGUAAAGUAGGCUAACAAAAUUAGCUACCUCCAUAUUGGUACACAUACUUCUGGAGCUCUGAAAUUGUUGGUCAAUCACAUACACUGGUAUACAACAUACAGACACGGUCUUGAAAAUCAUUGUAUGGAAAUAAGUUUUCAUUUAGAGUAUUUUCUUUUCAUAUUCUAGAUAUAUAAGUUUACAAAGUAAAACACAAAGUUAUUUGCUUCGUAACAUGCUUCAAAGUAGAUGUUAAAAAUGUCUUGGAAUAUUUUAAACUCUGGUGAAGUCUGUUGUAAUCUUGAUAGUUUCUUUAAUUCUGUGCAAAUCUGGAUUAAUCGACCAAAUGUUUGCUGCAAGAUGAUAAGUUGUGCUUCCGUGUAUGAUUUGGAAAUAUCUUCAGUUGGAAGAAAACAUUCCAACACUCUGAUACCAGACUAUUUAGACAUAUGUCAACUUGAAAAAGAAAUAUACAAUGCGCUUGUACCUGGAAGCAAUACAGAAAACGAUGCUGAAGAUCCAUUCGACAAGUUUAUGCUUCAGUUGAAGGUACAUUUACGAAAACUCGUUCCAAAGAAUCCAGACGUUCAUUCUCCAUGUUAUGAAGUUAUGGUCUUUCGAAAUAACUCUGUGAUGUUCAUUCCUCUCACAUCUGAUCUUAAGCUGAGUUUUGUGAGUUAUUGGUAUGAGAUUGAGCAUUGUACAAUUGAAACACAAACAGAUUCAUGUGCUACCCAAUGCCCAGUCACUGGAUCUGAGGAACAGAAAUGCCAGAAAAUAAUCGGAUCCAUACAAAUCAAGUCUGUUAAUUUUGAUUCAACAAAAUAUUUGUUUGAUAAUCAUCCGAAAAAAAGAAGUUGUCGUCCUAAUGAACAGUGGGUGAAGGAUAAACUGCUGACAUCUAUAGUAAAAUGGACUGAUGAGAAAUUUUCUGCUACCUACCCUUUGAAUGGAAAGCAAAAAAUGCUGUUACCAACAUCUUUAUCACUAAUUCCUCAGGAGGAAUAUGCUGAAAAGUAUCAACAAUUGAAGCGGAAGUAUGGGCAUGAUAUAAUGAAGAUAUGGUCAGAAGUUACUGAUCCUCAGAAAUACAUCUACGAAGAUGUGGCUAUUGCAUCUUAUCUCAUACUGCUGUGGAAGAAAGAACGAGAUAUAACUAAUUGUGAUAAAUUACAAUCAUUUGUUGACCUUGGAUGUGGCAAUGGACUCCUUGUUCAUAUAUUAAACUCUGAAGGGCAUCCAGGAAGGGGCAUAGACUUGAGACAAAGAAACAUAUGGAAGGUUUUUCCAUCAUCAACCCAUCUUGUUGAAGGAGUCGUGGAUCCAACAAAUGAUACAUUGUAUUCUGAUUAUGACUGGUUACUGGGAAAUCAUUCUGACGAGCUGACACCUUGGAUACCUGUAUUGGCCGCAAGAUCUGGCUACAAUGUGAGAUAUUGGGUUCUCCCAUGUUGUUUCUUUGACUUUUUUACAAAAUAUAAACGUUCACAAUCAACAUCCGGGCAAUAUGAUGACUAUUUGAAAUUUGUUGAAAAUAUUGGACAAAUUUGUGGCUUCCAUGUAGACACAGAUGUUAUGAGAAUUCCAUCAACAAAAAGGGUCUGUCAAGUUGGAAUGAGAAAAUCACACACUGCGGACAAACAUGGCGAAUUUUUGAAAAAUAUAUCAGAUUUUAUUGAUACCAGGCAUUCUUCACAUCCAAUAAAUUUUACCACAUCGUCAGAAUUUGUGCCCAGAGACAAGAUCGAGAGGGUACGGAAUUGUACAAAAUUGGAAAGAUGCGUUCAAGAAUCUAUUGUUUCCAUCAUUACAAAUAACAUACUCAGUAUUUCGAACAUCUUGAAAAUUAAUAUUGACGGAAUAGUGAAAGAUUGGAAUCGUGGAGGAAGCAUUUUGCUUGAAGAUGCAAUAUUACUGCUUCCUACUCAUAUCAAAGAUUUAAUGAAAAAUGAAUGCGGAGGUUUAAAGACUUUGCUGAAAAAUCAUCAUCAGAUUUUUGAAGUUUACCAAGGAAAGGUGCAGAUAAGAGAUUGGAGUAAUUUGCAAAAUACCUGUACUAAUAAGAAGAAAUCUAAAAUUCAAAUGCAUUCAAGAAAGACUAAACCAUGCUGGUUUUAUUUUUCUCACCCAGAUGGUUGCCCAAGAAGUGAACACAUUUGCCCUUUUCUACAUGUUUCUUGAAAAAAAAAGUUGUGAAAUACUGUUUUCAAGCGAAAGUAUUUUUUAUAUGAAACUACUCUGAUUUAUCGUUCCUGGAAAUUAAUGUAAAAUUUUAAGUAAACUGAUAUUAUUUAUUUCUUGCUGUAGUUAACCUUUUAAUUGCUCUUCUUAUCAGAUGUAGGAGUUUAAUUUGUUUUGUCUGAACCAACUGCCUCCGUUCACGACAUUGACAGAAUUCUUGCUCGGAAACCAUUCCACUAGUACCGUAAAAAUACUAUCAGAAUAUCUUGUCAUAAUUACAUUCAAUAAAUUUUACAAAUUCUGCUCAUGAA